AUGAUGAGCGCGUUCGGGCACCCGGCGGGGGUUUCCGUGCCGUUCCCUCUCGCCGAAGAGCUGAGAGGCAGGGCGAAUCAGGGUUUCAGUUACGAAGACGGAAUUACUAGGAGGAGUGUAGCAGAUAUUCAGGUGUCGCCCUGUGGAUUGUUCAUUGCGGUCCUCACGCCUUGGGGGGUCUUUGUUUACAGUAACGGACAGUGCCGCAUGCUCCUAGGUAGUUGCUCAUUGCCUCAUGAUUCUGAGGUGUAUGGGCGCCUGUGUUGUUGUUGCUGGGCUCCGGAUUCCUCCGCGCUUUUUGUCAGUGCUGACCCACUGGCAUGUGUAUGUGUAUUCUCCAUUAGUGGCACUCAUAAUGGCAGUAGCGGGUUGCUGCAGCCACAGCUGCAAAAGCAGCUGCAACGGGCGCCUGCAGGUGUGUUCACCGGCGCAUCGGCGGCUGCAUCACCUGCAGAGGGGAUAAGCGACGCUGUACCGACAGGAAUAGCAGCAGAUGCACCGGCACCGCCUGUAUCAGCACCUGGUGAGGUCAGCUGGUUGUUGGGAGGACUUACUACAGUUGUUGACACGGGAAAUCUGGCCAGUAGUGGCAGUGAAAGCUACAUUGAUGGCCAGGACAGUGCAGAAGAGGGGGAAGAAGAGAAGCAGAUGCUGCAGCCAACGGCAGCAGAGAAUGCAUCCACAGCAGAGCAAGCCAUGCAUUCUUUCCCAUCCAUAAUAACAGCUUACCGGCCUCCCAAUACUUCCCCUGUGUCUGUCGUAUUUAGCUUGUUGCUUCGGUUACCAGUCAGGCCAUCCGCCCUUUGCUGCUGUCCAAUGCAGCAGCAACACCUAUUGCUGGCAGGCUGCAGCAGACAGCCUGCUCUUUUCUGGCUUUACUUUGGCCGACUGAAACAAGUGGUAGGGUGCCUCUACAUUACUGAUUUGCUUAGGGUAGUCAGGCGAGCUGGUGUGUGCCCGGGCAAUGCUGGCCCGCCCGUUGCAGCAUUGGCUGUGGCUGCUUCCAGGGCUCCUACUACAGGUGCAGGGGGCGCAGAGUGCACAUGGGCAACCAGCGCGAAGCAUGGCGCUACUCUAGGCGGUAGUUUGGGCUGUUCGUGCAGUGCAUGUGGUGGUCGAUGCUGCUGUGUUCUUAAGCGACCUGCAUUCCAACCCACGAGAACUGGAAGCUACGAUGGCGCGGCAGCAGAUGCGGAAUUGCGUCCCAGUGGGCGCUGUAGAUGUCUGGGUCGGCGCAGGCGUAUAAUAUAUCUAUUCCAUCCAAAGGGGUACAGCACAGUCACCGAGCUGCUGUGUCUUCCCCCUUCUGCACAGGAUAUCAAGUUACUUCCGGAUCUUCCGGAUGACGCCCUUUUCUACAGCUCUGCUUGGAGCCCCAGGGAUCCUCUGCCAUGGUCGCUUCCCGCGAAAAGUGUGGGCAGUAGGAAACGUCCCCUGCGAAAUGGGCGAGCCCCUCACAAAUGCGGGGCUGGCAGAUUCAACAGUUCAGCAGAAGACAAUAACGAGCAGCCGAAUCAUGACACAGGCAGAGGACGUCGCUACUGCCGCCUCCUGCAGACCUGCAAGUUCGGCAGGCCAAUUCUUCUUGGCAAAGUUCAGCGGCAUCUCAAUUUUAGCGCACUAAUUAGUGACAGCAGCAGCACUAGUAGUGACAUGAACGACGGCUGCACCAGAAUUCACAGGCAUUGCAACGGCAAAAGAAGCCGUGUCCCAAACAUACCGGAGCAAACAACGGGCAUUUGUCCUUGCAGUGUUACAGAUACCUGUGCGGGCCCUUCCUAUUUGGGUGCAUAUGGCAUAAACGCCUGGGGGAAUCAUGGAGACAGAAUCAGCGCAGCAGAUGCAGCAGCAGCAUACAGCAGAAGCAGCAGUGAUGAUAGCACAUCUGUGCUUGGCUGGA